GACCAGAUCAACGGGAAGAAGAUGGGGGUCCUUGGCGGAGCGUUUCUCGUCGCCGAUAUUCUUUCAGGGCUGAUCACAGGGAGGUCGGUCCUUCGGAUCGUGGGGGGGAACGAGGACCCCAAUGAUUGGAAGGUUAAGGUAGUGAAUAAGCUUCUGGAGAAGGAGAAGAAGGAGGCAGCUGCCAGGAUGGGCGUCAGCGUCAUCACUGAGUCAAAGCCUCGCCCGGCCUCCUCCACUGGCGAGUACGCCAAGUCCGACCCCUUCGAGAUCGCCAAGCAGAAGUACAAGAAGAAGGAGUCUAUCGAGGACCUUUCCCGAGAGCUCCGGAAGAAAUUGGACACGAAGCCGGCCAAGGGCGACGACGAUGAGGACGAUUAACAUACACGCCCUAGGAUGACGAUGAAGAGAUUGAGAUGAUUCAUCUACAUUCUCUGGUGGUAAGGAUCGUAAAAAGCAUAAAU